CAUGGCUGCCGCCACAUGUACGGGGGACCGUCGCUAUUUCGAGCGCUGGCCACGUGGCCCGGGCCGUUGCCUAAAUUUGGCGGCUGGGCCCAGUUUCAGACUGGCAGCGACCCGAGAGGAGCGGCUGCGACCCCGGGGGUUCCGACUCGUGGCCGCCGCAUCCCGGAGACCAUGGCGAGCAGCGCGUCCACCACCACCACCAUCAGCAGCAUCGCGGUGCAGUCGGGCAACACCCGGCUCGUGAUAGCCCUCCUGCAGUCUGGCGACGUCCUGGAGCUGCGCAUCCAGGAGUUGUCGCCAGAGAUGAGCGACGUGGGAAGCAACUACGAAGAGGCGCUCCACUUGCAGCAGCAGCACCAGCAGGUCCUUCAGAAGCUACAGAACAAGCAGAGCCCCGUCGAGGAACUGCUGAGCCAAGCGGAUGAGCUGAUCGCAAACCAAAAGCCCAAAGCACAGGUGUACUCAGCUAUGGCACACAACCUUGGUCUGGCGUGGAAGAACCUGAACGCUCAGCUGGAGCACCGAAGUAUCGUGCUGGACACGGCCGUCCAAUACCACGCCGCGGCCAAGAAGCUGUCAGAUGAACUGGCUAAGGGUGAGCAAGAAUUUUCGGACACCGUGUUACCGGACCAUGUUGCGGCGUGUGAAGCUCGCCUGCAGAAGCUGAAUGAAGCGCGCAAAGCCAUCCUCGAGGCGUCCAAGCGGAGCCUCCAGCCAUUCCAGAACCUGCUGCAGACGCUCAAGGAGGUGGCCAGCACGGGCGACUCGCGGCCCCUGCAGCCGGCGGCCGCCCUGGCAGCCAUAGCGGCCCUCGAGAGCCAGCACGAAAACCUCCAGGACCAGCGGCGCAAGUUGGGCCUGCUGUGCGAGGCAAGGAAAGAGGCGCUCGAGAAGCGGCUCCGAGCCCUGAUGCUGAGCAAGGAACUUGACGAGGUGGAGCGUCAACUGGAGCGCAGCCCCGAAGAUGUAGCCUUGGGUGAUUCCCCUGCGAGCAGCGAAAUCCUUCUCCACGAGCACACGACGAGGAUCGCCUCUGCCAACGAGAAAUUGCGAGAUCGAAUGCUGAAGCUACUGAAGACUGCCAAGCAAAUUCAAGACGCGGAGGUCGAAGCCCGCGCCUUCGACCUGAUGGCGCGCGUGACGAGCCGCAUCGAACGCGACGAGGCCCGGAAGAGGGACCUCAAGGAGGCGGUGGAAUUCUUCAACGAAGCCCAAACGGCCCUCAACAAAUUGGACCAGCUCCAAAUUCAAGUUUCCCAAGGUCCCGUUCAAGACUUGGCUGCAGCGACCACGCUUUUGGAUGCGUGCGUCGAGAGACCUCUUCUCCUCGGCCAUGGCAUCCUGACCCGUUUGUCUGUCGGCACCAGCGGCGUUCAAGACAAGGUCGACGAACUCCAAUGCCGGCACCUGCAAGUGAGGCAGAUGUACGAGCAAAAAGCGGCGGAUGUUGUGGAGAGCAGCGAACGCGCAAUUAGCUUCUUGACACAGUGCAAUAGUCUGUACAAGUGGUGCAUCGAGGUCGUGCAGACGUUCCUGGAGCGGAAUAGCCAGCUUGACACUGGAGCAGCAGCAGCUCACGACUUUUUGCAGAGACACCAGAAGAUGCUGAACGAGCUGCAAGCCAGAGAGCCACAGAUGACGAUGUUACUAGCGCAGGAUGAUUCAAGGUCCAAGGAGCUUCUCCAGCUAUGGCAGCACCUACGUAGCCUCCUGGAGCAACGCAUUCGAAUUGCCCAACGAUACCUGAGCUGCUGCAAACUGUCUACUCAGUUGAUGGAAGACUUGAAGACAAUUAGCGAUGCCGGUCCGGAACGACAAGCUUCUAUCAACGAAAAUUUCAUGCAGUUUGAUCACAACGCAAACAAUUUUCUGCACGAUGCCCAAAGAAUUCAGGACACCUGCUUAGAUGUCACAAAAGCGGUGCGCCACAUCCAAGAAACACUGGACCAAUGCCAUCAGCUGAAGAACAAUCCUGGCAGUAACACGGAACAACUGAUCAAAGACGCCCAAAAAACCAUGGAGUCAGCAGUAAAGAUCGAGUCGGAGCUGUACCCUGCCAUACCUCGGGAACUGAAUCGGGCCGAGACCAUCGCUCAGUACCUGGGGAGACAUCUAGACACAUUGAUGCCUCUAGUCAGGACGAUCCAGUCAGAGCUGGAUGCAAGGAUCGAAGCGACGUCUGCACUUCAGAGGAAGGAGCACCUCAUUCAGCAACUGCGUUCUACUCAACAGAGUUUUCGAAGAAAUAUCUCUCAGUAUCAAGACUUGGUCAGGGCCAUGAUAAGCUUUUUUGACUACUUCGCGCAGCUGGAGAAGAAACUUCAAGAAACCCACGAACAUGAAGCCUUGCUGGCAGAGGCUAAGCAACGAGCAGAGAACUUGGCAACGUUAGUUGACAAAACUGAACCGAGCGAGGCGGCUGUACUGGACCGCGACAAAAUCCACUCGUUGGUGGACAACCAGAGCGCGCUGCUGGUGGCCAGCCUGCGCAAGUCGCACCAAGAUUCGCAGAUGAGCAAGUUCAACGAGGAGCUUCACCUGAUCAACCAGCAGGUGCGCGAGCUCACCGAUUCGCUCAAGCGGGACUCCUCCAAGUGCCACGUUGUGGAGUUCCAGCAGCGCAUACAGUCCCUGGAACGAAGAAUCGAGGUGCUCAGUACGUCCUCCCGCCUGCAGACCGACAGCGCGCGGAUGGAACUCGAAGAGCUCACGUCUCGAUGGCGAAAUUUCCACAAGGAAGCUAUGGCAGCGCCGCCACCACAGCCGCAGCCUAUCGACAGGAAGGAAGUGAAAGAAGUCUGCGGACCGUCGUUCGUGGUGCCCCUGGAUGACGUUGAAGUACAAGAAGGCGCAAAGUGCAGCCUCGUAUGCGUACUGGCCGGGCACCCACCUCCGACGGUUCAGUGGUACAAGGAUGGUGUGUCCAUUCGCGGGAACUCGGACUACGUCACGACGAGCCAGCAACUUGAGGACGGUACGACAGAGCAGAGGCUGACCAUAGAGGAAACCCUCGCCGAUGACUCAGCAAAGUUUUGCUGCAAGGCUAUCAACGCUGCGGGUCUGGCCGAGACGUCGUGCCGCCUGAGCGUCCGAGAGCAAGCACGCGAGAGCGCUCUGGAAGAAGUUUUCAUCGAUGCCCUGGAAGAACACACUACGCAGACAGUCGGCGGGGUGCUGACGGAGCCGACGUUCGUGCAACCGCUUCCGGCCAUCGCCCAGUUGCGGCCCGGCGAAGAGCUGCGCCUCGAGUGCACCGUCCAGGGCAGGCCCGAGCCGCGCGUCUCCUGGUCCAAGGACCUGCUGCCCGUGCGCGACGCUGCGAAGCCCACCCAGGAGCAAGGAAGAGCACGGCUGGUGCUCGCUGGCGCAACCGAGAACGACUCGGGCACCUACACGGCCGUCGCCAAAAACAAGGCUGGGGAGACGGCCUGCUCCUGCCAAGUGAAAGUGGCCGAGGACGCUCCGCCGCCAGAGCCUCCGCGAGUGCUCAAGGCUCUGGAGGACCUGGAAGUCAAGCCCGGACCGGAUCCCGUCACGCUGGAAUGCGUCAUUGUUGGGCGGCCCGAACCAGAGGUAAUUUGGUACCACAACACACAGCCCAUCAAGGAGUCCGAGCGGGUGCGGCUGCUGUUUCGGGGAGACAAGUGCUCUCUCUUGUUCAACGGCAUAGGCACCCAGAACGCCGGCACGUACCGCUGUUCGGCGGUCAACCCUAUGGGCAGCUGUUACACGGAGUGUAAAGUGCGUGUGCCGCUCUCCGCUCCCGUGUUUCUGGAGCCUCUUAGAGAUGUGACCACGGAUGAAGGCUGCCGUGUGGUGCUCACUGCCAAGUUGUGGGCGCCGGAGCCGCCCUUCGUGCACUGGUUCAAGGAUGGCAGAGAACUGCUGCCCAGCCCGGAUUUCCAGGUCAGCCACGAUCCGGACGGAACCGUGAAGCUAUUGAUUCCCAAGGUGGCAGGCAACAACAGCGGCCAUUACGAAGUGGAGGCCAGCAACCCCGGAGGACGCACGCGCACGGGCUGCAGGAUGCACGUUCGCGAAUCUCAGAAGGCGGUCCAGGCGGCUACCACCCAGCUUGCGGUAUCGAGGACAUCGAAGCAGACCGUGUCCGUGUCCAAGAGUGGCUCGGAGCUGCGGCUAGCCCGUUCGCUGCCCUCCGAGUUGGUGGUGCAGAGCGGAACCAAGGUGUGCCUAAGCGUGGCCAGUGCGCAGCCGCCCGGUGGCCAGUUGACUGCCUCAUGGUUUCGGUCGGGUCAGCCUAUAACUGACUCACCAGACUUCCGGCUCACCCGGUCACUGGAGAACGUGGCCGGAACGUCACUGGCUGUGUUCAGUUUAACCAUCUCUGAGGCCUUCCCUGAGGACUCUGGCGACCUUGAAGUGCGCGUGCAAGGUCCUAAUGGCGUUGUGACCGCGAACACAAAGCUAGUGGUGCUUGACGAAGACGACGAAGGAACUGACAACGUGCAAAGACGCGACGAGGGCAUCCAGCAAGCGAGCGAGGUGAAAGUGUACGAGACAAAGGUGCCUCGAUCGGGACCAGGAGACUCGACUGGCUUGGCUUUGUCGGGAGACCUGCAAAUGCGCGUGACUGAAGUGACGCACGUGAACGAGAUGCCGCCGGAGGUGUCGGAAGAGACUACCACGAAAAUAGUGGACAAUGCAGGUGCCAAAGACAAAGUCACAGAAGAAGUGACCCGCCGAGUGACCAAGAGAGUCACUGAGAUUACCAAGACCCAAACUAAAGAGGUGAGGGGUCCCUUGGUCUACAAAUGGGAGUUUCGCAAGUAGCAGGCCUACCUGGGACGCCGUGCUUUCAAUGCGGCGUCCCCUUCUAGUUUCCUCCUUAUACUUGCUCGGCUCAAGGCUGGCAUGGAGACUGUCCCAAAGGCACCUUUCUUGUCCGUGCUUUCUGGUGGUGCUCUCCGUUGUGUUACCUGUCUGUAUGGCUGCCGCUCGGAACAGAGCGCUCUCCUUCCUUACCCUUGGCCGCCCGUCCUUAAGUGUUUGGUGUAGCAUGCUCGUCACAGUGCCUUGACCAAAACCGAGAGAAAAUAAUCUUCACAGUUGUAACGGUGACAUGAAAUAAAGCCAUGCUUUGUGUUCAAUA